UAGAGACGGUUAAACUUCUUAAUAAAAUAGCAACCCGUAGAGAAAUGGCGACCUGUAGAGGCACCAUCCUUCUCACAGGUGCUAACGGUGGACUUGGAUGUGGAAUUGUCUCUAAAAUCAUCACAACCCCUGAACUUGCUCAAUAUCACGGUGUCUAUGUUGUUCGCGAUGCCUCAUCGGCCUCUUCGCUCAGAUCUACCUUAGAAAACAGGAAUUUACCUCACUCCUACGAGAUCUUGUCACUAGAACUAUCGCUACUGGCGAAUGUGCGGGAAUUUGUUCGGACUCUCCAUGCCCGUAUAGCAAUACGUGAUAUUCCGCCAAUACGUGCACUUAUUCUCAAUGCAGGUUAUCACGACUUGGGGCAGCAAUCUGUUACUAACGAAGGAUUUGAUACGAGUUUCGCAUCCAACUAUCUGGGACACUGGCUGCUGACCAUGCUGCUAUUGAAGGACCUUGACUCUGAGAAUGGCCGUAUCGUCGUACUUGGUAGUAGCUCGUACGAUGUCAACCAUCCCUCGCAUAAAAUCGAUGCAAUCUAUGAGGAUGAAAAAUGGAAAACCUUCUUCCGCAAUGAUACAAUUGAUACCAUCGCCAAUAGUACCUGGAGUAGCAACAAUGAUGAGGACCUCCAUCGAAGAGCCGGGACGCGUCGAUAUGGAGUUGCCAAAAUGUGCAAUGUCAUGAUGGUAGGCGAGCUUCAGCGACGUCUUGAUGCCGAUCCGGCUCUUAAAAACCUCUCCAUUGUUGGGAUUGAUCCCGGAGCUAUGGGUACCGGUCUUCUUCGCCGUGGUAACUGGUUCACCCGCGUACUUCUCUGGCCAGUCAUACUACCCCUCCUCGCACCAUUGUUAACAUGGCUUGAGCCUAACGGCCACGUCCGGACGAUCAACAAAUCCAGCAAGGACGUGAUAAGGGCUGCCUUUGAAAUUAACCCCGAGCUAAGAGGUAAAUAUCUCAACGGCUCGGAGGUGCAGGAGGUUGUACCGGAGGCUGCGGAUGUCAAAAAGAGGGCAAUGGUUUGGAGGGAUAGCGUGAAAUAUUCGCAGUUAACUAAACAGGAUACGGCACUUAUUGAUUGGGCUUAAACAAACUCUGGCUUCAAAACCUGAAUAUCCAUUUGAUACGUCUCUUAUCAUAUAAUAAUUUUGGUUGCCGGUUACUUACACCUAUUCUGCGGGGUAAUCUGUAUGGAAGGACUGUCAAGGUAAUCUGUAAAUAGCAUCACUCUUUAUGCUUGUACUGAUCCGCGG